GCGGAGCGGGGUCCCGGGAGCCGAGCAGCCUGGCAACGGCGGUGGCAGCCGGAGCCGGAGACGUUCCAGUAUGGCUUCUGCAGCAACCCCGAAAUAUAAUUCUCACUCCUUGGAGAAUGAAUCCGUUAAGAGGGCUUCUCGAGAUGGGGUUAACCGGGAUCUCAGCGAGGCGGUCCCUCGCCUGCCAGGAGAGACGCGAAUCACUGACAAAGAAGUUAUUUACAUAUGUCCUUUCAAUGGCCCCAUUAAGGGAAGAGUAUACAUCACAAAUUAUCGUCUUUAUUUAAGAAGUUUGGAAACGGAUUCUGCUCUAAUACUUGAUGUUCCUCUGGGUGUGAUCUCAAGAAUUGAAAAAAUGGGAGGCGCGACAAGUAGAGGAGAAAAUUCCUAUGGUCUAGAUAUUACUUGUAAAGACAUGAGAAACCUGAGGUUCGCCUUGAAACAGGAAGGCCACAGCCGGAGAGAUAUGUUUGAGAUCCUCACCAGAUACGCCUUUCCCCUGGCGCACAGCCUGCCAUUAUUUGCCUUUUUAAAUGAAGAAAAGUUUGAUGAGGACGGAUGGAUGGUUUAUAAUCCGGUUGAAGAAUAUAGACGGCAGGGCUUGCCUAAUCACUACUGGAGAAUAACUUUCAUUAACAAGUGCUAUGAACUCUGUGACACUUACCCUCCUCUUCUGGUGGUCCCCUAUCGGGCCUCGGAUGACGAUCUCAGGAGAGUCGCCACUUUCCGAUCCCGGAAUCGAAUUCCGGUGCUGUCAUGGAUUCAUCCAGAAAACAAGACGGUCAUCGUGCGCUGCAGUCAGCCUCUGGUCGGUAUGAGUGGCAAACGGAAUAAAGAUGAUGAGAAGUACCUUGAUGUUAUCAGGGAGACUAAUAAACAGCUUUCUAAACUCACCAUCUAUGAUGCCAGGCCCAAUGUCAACGCAGUGGCCAACAAGGCCACAGGAGGAGGGUAUGAAAGUGACGAUGCGUAUCAUAACGCUGAGCUCUUCUUCUUGGACAUUCACAACAUUCAUGUCAUGCGGGAGUCUCUGAAGAAAGUGAAGGACAUCGUGUACCCUAAUGUGGAAGAGUCUCACUGGCUGUCCAGCUUGGAGGCCACUCACUGGUUAGAACAUAUCAAGCUGGUUCUGACGGGAGCCAUUCAGGUGGCGGACAGAGUGUCUUCAGGGAAGAGCUCAGUGGUGGUGCACUGCAGUGACGGGUGGGACAGGACGGCCCAGCUCACGUCGCUGGCCAUGCUGAUGCUGGACAGCUACUAUCGGAGCAUCGAAGGCUUCGAAAUACUGGUACAGAAAGAAUGGAUAAGCUUUGGACACAAAUUUGCAUCUAGAAUCGGCCAUGGUGAUAAAAACCACGCUGACGCGGACCGGUCUCCCAUUUUCCUACAGUUUAUUGACUGUGUGUGGCAAAUGUCCAAACAGUUCCCCACAGCCUUUGAAUUCAAUGAGCAGUUUUUGAUCACGAUUCUGGAUCAUCUGUAUAGUUGUCGGUUCGGCACGUUCUUGUACAACUGUGAAUCUGUUCGAGAAAGGCAGAAAGUUACAGAAAGAACGGUUUCCCUGUGGUCGCUGAUAAACAGUAAGAAAGAAAAAUUCAAAAAUCCCUUCUAUACUAAAGAAAUCAAUCGCAUUUUAUACCCGGUCGCCAGUAUGCGCCACCUAGAGCUCUGGGUGAAUUACUACAUUCGGUGGAACCCCAGAAUCAAGCAGCAACAGCCGAAUCCCGUCGAGCAGCGCUAUGUGGAGCUCCUGGCUCUGCGGGACGAGUACAUCAAGAGGCUGGAGGAGCUGCAGCUCACCAACUCGGCCAAGGUCUCGGACCCCACCCCGGCGAGCCCUUCCCAGAUGAUGCCCCACGUGCAGACGCACUUCUGA